CUACUGUAUCAAUCUGCUACCUGACUUGGUAGAUCUUCAGAGCACAAGUUAACUGCCCUCAUGGUAUGUUGCCUGAGUGUAGACGCAACCUGCUGAGUGCAAUUUCAAUUCCGCCAAGGAUUUGCCUAAUCUUUAGCAUUCUCACCAUUGAAGCCGGAGAGGCACCACACAAGCUUCUACCACAUUCGCCGAGGUGUCUCGACUAUCGAUUAACUUUCCUAGAGUGUCAGGGGGGCUAAGUAAGCUUUCCUGAAGACGCGCAUGGGAGUCGUUGGCGGCAUGGCAGGCGGAGAGAUUCUUCGCUCCUUCUUUGGGGGUCCGGUCUCAACACGCGCAGUUUGCGCGGUCGCGGUGCCUAAGGACCCGGAGCCAGAGCCCAUCCCCACAACCAACCGGGCCCGCGACAAGUCCUCAUCGGGCGCCGCACCAAGCAAAAGCGCGCCCCCUCCAAAGCCGCCGAAACCAGUAGAUCCAAAGGUCGUGCGUAAGAAGCAGCUUCAGGAGGACUUGGACCUUUUCGAGGACCUCACCUCAGAUGGCCCCGCAAAGAUGCCCAAGCCCAAGCCCAAACCCACAGGCAACCCAGACGCCGCCGCAGGCCCAGGGCCUAGCUCCGCACGAAAGCAGCUCGCAAGCACCGGCACUAAAGCUGCUGCUGCUGCUGCCAACGGUAGCAGCCACAGGCCCUCAUCAGCACCCCCCUCGGCAGCAGCAGCCCCUGCACGCGGCAAAUCCCCCGCCCCAUCUGCAGCAGCAGCAGCAGCAGCCGGCUCCUCCAAACCCGGCUCCUCCUCAGCCGGGGCUCCCCACCGUCAAUCCCAACCUCACCCCUCACAACCAAGUCAACGAGGGCAACCGGGAGCUAAAGCACCCGCACGAUCCGGCCCGGGUCCCGGCGGCCCGGGUCCGGGCAGCACCCACGCCCUACCCAACCGAGCCGCAGCCCCAACCAACCACCAACGGCAAACAGCAGGGCCUGGCAAGCCUUCCGGGCACACGGGCGGCAAGUCCCUCGCAGCCCCGACUGCACCUGCUAACCGCGGAGCUGCUGGCAGCUCUGCCUCCGCGGGUGCUGGUCGUCCGCAGGGGGCUGCUGGAGGGGCUCGGCCCAUGGGAGGCACCGGUGCAGGGGGGCCGAACCAGGGGAGAGCACCUGCCGCAGGCGGGCUGGGUCGGGGAGGAGGUGGAGCACAGGGGACCGUGCGGCCCGGGGUGCAGCCGCAGCAGCAGCAGCU